CGAGCCGAGUCAAGCAAACAUGGAAAAUGGACGCUAAGUCCAUACAUUCAUUCUGUCGUUUUAGUAAUGUGAAGUUUGCGAAGCGAAUAAGACUACUCGUACAGUGUUAAUAAGUGCGUUUAAUUAAUCUGUGUAAGCUGUGUUUUGUUUUUCUUUCCACAGUUUAAAUAUACGAACCAUAUAAAUAUAAGGUAACCGGAUAUUGACAUUGUAAGAAAUAUUAACCAUUCACUAAGCCGUCGUUUACAAAGAGGUGCUUCGAUUAUUAAUUAUAAAUAAAGUUUUCAAGAAAACAAUGGCUUCGAAGUUAUUAAAAUCUGCAAAUAGAACUUUAAGUUUAUUGCAGAAAGGUUCAAAAUUCGCCAGUUUUAGUGUAAGAAAAAACAGUCUAUGGACCCAGGAAGGAAUAAUCAAAUCACCGUAUGCCAAUAUAGAUGUACCAAAUUGUACAUUGUACGAUUAUAUUUGGCUAAAUUUGGAAAAAUGGCCUGAAAGGACAGUGACGGUUUGUGCACGUACCGGCCGAGGAUACACAUACGAGCAAGCCUUUAAUUUAUCGAACUCAUUCGCAGCAAACCUUCGAAAGAAGUUUAAAAUACGAGAUGGUGACGUUAUCACGGUGAUGUUACCAAAUGUUCCCGAUUUCCCAUUAAUUAUGUUGGGUGUGAUGGCAGCGGGUGGUGUAGUUACUACCAUCAAUCCCAUUUAUACAGCGCAUGAAGUUCAACGCCAGUUACUAAUGUCCGAAUCGAAAUUGAUAGUUACUUUACCUGACAAAGUGAACGUCAUCAGAGAAGCGUUAAAGAUUGCGAAACUUAACAUUCCUAUAAUUGUUAUAAAAACAAAUGGAGAUCCGAUCCCUGAAGGGACAGUCGCAUUCAAUGAACUGAGCGAGGACAUUCACGUGGACAAGUCGUGUUUGAAAGAAGUAAGAAGAACUGUUAAUGACUUAUGCUUUUUACCGUAUUCGAGCGGCACCACAGGACUACCGAAAGGCGUUGAAUUGACGCAUAGAAAUUUAAUAGCGAACUGUCAACAAAUCAUAGAACCAUCAAUAAAGUGUAAUGAAGAGACAACAGCAACUCACCAAGAUGUAGCUAUGGCUAUAUUACCGUUCUUCCACAUAUAUGGAGCAGUGGUAGUUGGGUUUAAUGAGAUGGCGCAAGGCGUCAAAUUGGUGACCCUAGAUAAGUUCCAGCCGGAACUUUAUCUGCAAGCACUUGAGAAAUAUAAAGUUAAUGUCCUGUUUCUUGCGCCACCCUUAGUGUUAUUAAUGACUGAACAUCCCAUGGCUUCGGCUAAGAUUUACCAAUAUUUGGAGCAUGUUAUAAAUGGAGCCGCACCAAUAGCUUCCACUGAUGCAGAGCGAUUUCUCAGUAAAAUUCAGCGCAAAAUUCGUUUCGGUCAAGGCUACGGGCUCACGGAGACGUCACCGGUUAUAGCGAUGUCACAAAAAACUCUAUACGAUUACAAUGUCGUUGGUCAUCCAAUUCCGAACACCGAUGUAAAAAUUGUUGAUAAUGAUUUGAAAGCCUUAGGACCAAAUCAGACAGGUGAGCUUCUUGUAAGAGGACCUCAAGUGAUGAGAGGUUAUAGAAACAAUCCUGAAGCUAACGCCAGUGUGUUUACAAGUGAUGGUUGGUUCAGAACUGGUGAUCUAGCAACCAUUGAUGAUCAAGGGAUAAUCAAGAUUUGCGAUCGACUAAAAGAAUUGAUUAAGGUGAAAGGCUUUCAAGUACCUCCAGCUGAGUUGGAAGCAGUUUUACGUGACCAUCCGGCAGUAAGCGAUGCAGCUGUAAUUGGUGUACCACAUGCUACAAAAGGAGAAACUCCUAAAGCGUUUGUCGCUUUAAGACCUGGCUUUAGCGCUAGUGCCAAAGAUUUAUGUAAUUUUGUCGCAGACAGAGUUGCGUCAUACAAGAGGAUAGAUGAUAUAUCGGUUUUAGAAAGUAUACCGAGAAGUGCGGCCGGAAAAAUUUUAAGAAAGGAUUUGAAAUCCAAAUAUUGUUAGCAUUGUUGUUUAUUUUUUAAGGUUAAUUUUAUGUGACAGUUGUAUAGAUAAGUAACUUGUAUGGUAUCAUUAGUUUCAGUUGAUUGAUGUAAUCUAUAUGUAAAUAGUAUUUUCGUUUAAAAUGUUUCCACUAUUGCACUUAAAUAAUAAUGCAAAUUAAUUUGCUAAACUGGUAUCGAGAACGUUACAUUUUAAUCGCUUUUUUAUUUUUAUAAUUUGCUAGACGUUAUUCUAUUAAAAUCAUAACGAAUAUUUGUUAAACAAUGAUGUGUCUCCUUCUUUCGUAUGUCAAAUCAAUAAUGACAGAAAGAAAGAAGUCAGCGUUGAUCUAAACAGUCACUAAUAUACACAUUAUUAUUAUUUUAUAUACACAUUGUCAUUAUUAUUAUUAUUAAUAUACACAAUAUUUAUAUUUAUAAGAACGAACCAGUGCUACGCCUGAUAUUGUAAAAUAGCAAAAUUUCAGUUAUAUGAAAUAUAAUUAUUUAUAUAAAAAAGUGUUUGGUAAGCGACAAUAAAUAAUCAUUAUUGAAAAUUUGAGGUAAACAUUUAUGAUAUAUGAUUUCUAUAUAAUAAUAAAAUUAUAAUAUGUUUUUGUUUUUAUUGAUUAUAAUAUUAUAAUUGAAAACGUCAUUGAUAUCAACGUUUCCAUGCUUCGUUAUUGUUGUUAAAAGUCAUCUGAUAUUAAUAAAAAAAAAAAAUUGUGAUUGUAAAUAUAUAGAUAUUUUUAUACUUUUUUAAAAUCAAUUAUUUUUAUAUAAAUAUUUCAUGUUAUAGUUUAUGAAGGAGAUAAAAACUCUAUUGUGUUUGUUUUAUACAUUAUAUUAAAUUAAUUAAUAAAAAUGUCG